ACAGUCGCUAACAGUCCUAGCAAUCACUAGGAGGUUUCUGCAGAAUUCCUAUCCUUUCACUUGACUCUUAACUAUUCUUUGAAAAAACAUAGCAAAAUGAAAGCUUUCGUAAUUGCAACAUUAUUCGUAGCCUCGUGUGCAGCCAGCCACUACGGCGUUAUUUCAAGCCAAUACCAAUCUCAAGAUGGACAUGGUGGAUAUAGCUAUGGAUACAGCGAUCCAUUGAGUACCAAGCAUGAAUCAAAAUCACAUGAUGGCACACUCCAUGGUGGAUACUCUUAUCUCGAUGCUCACGGUCACGUUCAGUCUGUUAAAUAUGUCGCCGACCCUCAUCACGGUUUCCAAGUUGUUUCUGCAACAAACUUGCCAAAGGGACCAGCUCCAGUUCACGCUGUCGCUCCAUAUCAUGCAGCACCAGUCGUUGCCUAUCACGCUGCUCCCGCCGUCUCACAUUGGGGUGUUCCAUCUUAUGCCCAUGCUCAUGGUGCUCCAUUACCAGUCUCAAAGACCCCAGAAGUUCUUGCCGCUGAACACGCUCACUUCGCCGCUCACGCUGAAGCCAAAGCCAGACUUCACCACCACUACAAACGAUCUGCUUCAUGGGCCCAUGCUCCAGCUCCAGUCAUUGUCAACGGCGUCCCAGUCGACACACCCGAAGUUCAACAUGAAAAAGCUCAUCAUUUCGCUGCUGUUCAACGUGCUCUUGCUGGUCAAGCCGCCAAUCCAUUGGUCUACCACCCACAAUUAGCUUACAACCAACAUAGCGCUGCUCCAGCCCCAGCUUACUAUAACCAUUAUGCCCAUCAACCAGCACCAGCACCAGUCAAUGGAAUCCCAGUCGACACUGCUGAAGUUCAACACGCUAAAGCCAAGCAUUUCGCCGCUGUCGCUGAAGCUAAAUCCAAGGUUGGAUACAGUGGACAUUAUGCCGCUGCCCCAGCUUACAAUCACGCCCCAUCUUACAACUACGCCCCAGCUGCCUACCACUACCCAACCCUCACUCAUAAUGGCGUCCCAGAUGAAACCCCAGAAGUUAAAGCUGAAAAAGCAAAACAUUUCGCUUUAGUUGCUGAAGCUCAAUCAAAAUCAUCAUCAGCUGGAUACUACGGACAUGGACAUGAAGAUGAUGGUUCUUACGACCCACGUCGUUAUGAAAAAGAUAAUUACUAUCACUAAGAACUGACCCUCCACUGCCAAUAAGUUAUUAGUAUAGUAGUCAAUAAGCUUUACUGCCAUUUAUUGCCCUCUCUCACUGUCUUCCUACACUAUCUGCCCUUGCAAUCCACUAUCGAAACUCUGUUUUAAAACCUUCCUUAUAACAAUGUGACAAUUUCAUUAAUCAAAUCUUGUCCAAUCAAUCUUUCAUUUAAGAAAAGCGUUUCUGUCAAUACUCGUGGAGAGAGUUUUGAUGAUUUCUCAUCAAUUAGCUUUCCACUAAUUAAUGGUUGGAUUCAAGACUUGAUUUGAAAUACGAAAAAUAAAUACCGCGCUUUAAAAUGGAUACCGAUUUUAGGAUAUAAAGCAACUCUUAAGCAAAUCUGUAAAUAAUUUACAUGAUGAACGAAAAAAAAAUGAAUAAAAAAAGAAAUUCUGUGAAAUA